GGUCGCCGCUGAGGGGCCGCCCCGCACACGACAUGGCGGCCGCGCCAUGGCGGCCCCGCCCCGGCAGCGCCGCCGGAACGGGCGGGGCGAUGGCGGCGGCCGGCGGGGACGGCCCGGCCUGAGGGGCAGCGGCGGCCGCGCCUCCCGCCCGCAGCCUUGGGCUCCUCCUUAUCCCUGACGCUUCGGGAAUCUCCCGACCUCCUCUGAGGGAAUCUCCCGACUGCUUCGGCGAACUGGAUUUUCCAGUAAGGAACUCCACAACCGACCACACAGGGACGUUUUUGUGCUGUCAGAAGGACAUGGAGCUGGCUGGGCCAGGUGCCUGCACGGCUUAACUUAUAUUUUGCAGUGUGGAAAGGUUGAUCCUGCUUUGGGAUAAUGGCAGGAAAAGUGAAGUGGGUGACUGACAUAGAAAAAUCUGUUCUAAUCAACAACUUUGAGAAAAGAGGGUGGAUUCAAGUGGCAGAAAACGAAGACUGGAAUUUUUAUUGGAUGAGUGUGCAAACCAUCAGGAAUGUGUUCAGUGUGGAAACUGGAUACCGCCUCUCUGAUGACCAGAUUGUCAAUCACUUCCCAAACCACUAUGAGCUGACCAGGAAAGAUCUGAUGGUAAAGAAUAUUAAGAGAUACAGGAAAGAGCUUGAGAAAGAAGGAAGUCCUCUUGCAGAAAAAGAUGAAAAUGGGAAAUACAUUUAUUUGGAUUUUGUUCCUGUGACUUUUAUGCUUCCUGCUGAUUAUAAUCUCUUUGUUGAAGAAUUCAGGAAGAAUCCCUCCAGCACUUGGAUUAUGAAACCUUGUGGCAAAGCCCAAGGGAAAGGGAUAUUUCUAAUCAAUAAGCUCUCCCAGAUUAAAAAAUGGUCUCGAGACAGCAAAACAUCUUCGUUUGUGUCCCAGUCUUCCAAAGAAGCCUAUGUGAUUUCACUCUACAUCAACAAUCCCUUGCUUAUUGGGGGAAAGAAGUUUGACCUCCGUCUGUAUGUUUUAGUAUCUACCUACCGUCCUCUGCGGUGUUACAUGUAUAAACUUGGAUUUUGCCGGUUUUGCACAGUAAAAUACACCCCAAGCACCAGUGAAUUGGACAACAUGUUUGUACAUCUCACAAAUGUUGCCAUUCAGAAACACGGGGAUGAUUACAACCACAUCCAUGGGGGGAAGUGGACAGUGAGUAACUUAAGGCUGUACCUGGAGAGCACCCGUGGAAAAGAAGUCACCAACAAGCUAUUUGAUGAAAUCCACUGGAUAAUUGUGCAGUCCCUGAAGGCUGUGGCGCCUGUAAUGAAUAAUGAUAAACACUGCUUUGAGUGCUAUGGGUAUGAUAUUAUCAUUGAUGACAAGCUGAAACCCUGGCUAAUUGAGGUCAAUGCUUCCCCUUCCCUCACUUCCAGCACUGCCAAUGAUCGGAUCCUGAAGUAUAAUCUGAUUAAUGACACCCUCAACAUUGCCGUGCCUAACGGGGAGAUUCCUGACUGUAAAUGGAAUAAAUCUCCACCAAAGGAGGUCCUUGGCAAUUAUGAAGUCUUGUAUGAUGAGGAGAUGGCACAGAGCGAUGGGCCCGAGCGGGACCCGAGGGGUCGCUCUGGGCAAUCCGCUGGAGCCAAAGGAAGUCGUGCAAGGGAUUUAGGAAAGCCUGUCCUGACCACCUGGAAGUGAUAACAGGGAAAACAGCUGCACUCCUGGUAGGAAGAUAUCACGAAUAAAACAGCAGUUUUACAACAGGUACCUGUGUUUUGCUGCCCUGCCUGUAGGAAAUACUAAAGGAGACAAAACAGCCUUUGAAAAGAAGUGAAACAAAUAUUCAAAACCCAGGAACUUUACUAGAUGAACACUGGCUUGAUUGUUAUUACAACAAUAUAUGUAUAGUGUGUAUGUAUAUAUAAUAAUAUUUAUAUAAUUUGUAUAAACUGAUAUUCUCUUGGUAAUGAUUAAGGACUUUCUGUAUAAAGGUGACAACUCCAAAUAUGCAUUCUGAAAGAAACUCCUUGCUGUGCUGGGUAUUAUUUAUUUCCUCCAGCAGCCUAUCCCUUGCUCCCUCUAAUAAAUAAGCUGUGGAUUCUCUAAAAGGGUGAGAGAGGUAAGUGUUAACAUUGUCAUGAUGGUGGUUUUACUUCUUGUAGUAAAAGAAGAGCAAAUAGAAAAAAUUGGGAAUACAUGCACUUGAGGCUAAUGUCAGUUAAUGAAGCUAAUGAAGAAAUUGGAAAGGAGCUCUUUAUAUGCUGAGGGUUGGGGGUUUUUAUUUCCUUUAAGUGUUCUGAGCUUCUAAUUGUUUGAAGGUAGAAAGCUUGGUGGACUGAGGGAGUGUUUCAAUGGUAUGUGGAUGGUAUAUUGAUUAUUUCACUAGCCAUUAAUUUCUGUUUUGAGAUGAUGCACAUCUGUGGAAAAACAGACAGAACAACCACGUACUGUGAUAAAUCUCAUUGCUUGAAGCUGAUGGUAAAUCUUUAUUUGCACCAGAACCUCUUAGUGUAUUUAUGCAUGUAUAUAAGUCAAAUAUCUGUAUAUUUUUAUAUAUUUUAUGUGUGCUCUAACAAAAAUACUGUUGCACAUGGCGAGCUAUUUCUGGUGGCUUUGAUAACAACAGUUGUGAUGAUUAGCUGCCAAAACAUAGAGCAAAAGAUAAAAAUGGGUAUUUCAGUUCUUCUAACAGCAGAGCAGAUAAAUAAACUAGUUGGAUCCGUG